GAGAACUUUUCGCCCAGGCGCCAGUGGAGCAGUUCCCUGGGGUCGCUGUGGAGGGCGUGACGGACUCCAGCAGAUAUUUUGUCAUCCGGAUCGAAGACGGCAACGGCCGCCGAGCUUUCAUUGGAGUCGGCUUUGCGGACCGAGGGGACGCUUUUGAUUUCAACGUGGCUCUCCAAGACCAUUUUAAGUGGGUGAGGCAGCAGAGCGAGCUGGCCAGACAGGCCGAGAACCCCGAGCAGGGACCCAAACUGGAUCUGGGCUUCAAGGAGGGACAAACCAUCAAACUCAACAUUGCGAACAUGAAGAAAAAAGAAGGAGUGACCGGGAACACCAGACCACGUCCCACAGGUCUCGGAGGCCUGAGCUUGCUCCCACCACCUCCUGGAGGAAAAUCUUCCGCUCCGGUUUGUCCCGCCGGAGAGCAGCCGUCUACGCUCUCUGCCCAGCUCCCGGGCACCCCCAUCACAGACUCCCUCUUGUCCUGGCCGCAGCCCGUCGUCUUCUAA